AUGAAAGACAAAAUUCAUGAAGAACUUACUAACUUUCUUUCAGUUAUUUUAGAAGAACUUCUUCUUGAGAAAAAUCAGAAAACAAAUGCGAUUGAUGACUUGUUAAACUCUCAAAGCCAGAUGGGAAGUAUGAAAAAAUGCACUUUUUGUCAAGCCUCUGAUAUCAAUAAUAGGAAACAGGUUUGUCCAAAUUGUCAUAAUAAAUUGCCUACGAUUAGUGAGAUGAAUCAACAAUCUAAUGAACUAUCUACUAUCAAAAAUAUUACUGACAAGUCUCUAAUAGUUCCCAGAAGUUUAAAAGCCACAAGAUAUUCUGAAAGUGAUACCCAAGAACCUCGAACACGUCCUAGUUUUACUACUAAAUCAAGUCGCUAUCGGGCUCAAAUAAGAAAAACCCAAUUUGUAAAUCUGAAAUCUAAUAAUCAUAAUUUUCAAAAUAUAAGUGGAGAGUGGAAAAUAAGUGAAGAGAUAAAACGAUUUAGUGAAAUUGCAUGUAUGAAAAGAAUUGAAUUUAUAAAAGCUAAACUAAUCAACAAAACAGCAUUAGAUAUUUGGUAUCCAAUGCCAAUAACAUGUGAAGAGGCGGAUCAUUAA